AUGUCGUUCACGACAUUGUUCCUCCCAUCAUUGCUACAUGCUCGACCUACUCCUUCGUCCACUUUCCGAUCCGCUUUCCGAUCCGCUUUCCGAUCAUUUCACCCUCCUCCCGCUUUUCGACAACAUCCUAAAUUUCAACGUUCGCAACCUCGAGCAAUCUCUCUGGCACGAUCAUAUCCUGCUCCUCGACGAAUAUCACCUUUACCACUGGGCAUAGGAGCGGCAAUCGCUUUUACAUCACUUUCACUCACUUUACCCAACAGACAAGUUCGAUGUGAAUCCCCCUUUUCAUCAUCAUCACCUUCUAACACGCCCUUACCUGAUGAUCCAGCCCCCGGGAGCAUUCUGAGUGUCUACGAGCUCUCCUUUGGAGCAGUUUGUGGUAUUUGUUCAGGUGUAUUCAUCAAGAAAGGUGCGAGAGCAAUCGCUUUCUUGUUAGGUGGUGUUUUCAUCUUACUUCAGUAUAUGUCAAGUAAAUCAUAUAUCAACGUUGAUUGGUCUCGUCUAAGUUCAAGAUACGAGGGUGCUUUUGGCACUAAAACAGCGACUGGAGGUUAUCGAGGUCCUACCGUAGGAGGUGUUUGGAACAGAAUAGUCGAUUUCUUGACUUCAAACUUCCAGCAACGAGCAAGUUUCAUGGCUGGUUUAGUAUUAGGUCUUCGACUUGGAUAA